GUGUUAGAAAGCAGGCAUUCUUUAUUGCAGUGCUGGGCGCACAGAGGAUCACUCCGCCUAGUGUGCACUCUGAGUUGCUCAUCUACGAAGAUUAUAAGCAAUAAGAAUAUACAUAUUCAUUACGUUCCCCAGAAAUGAUUAACAUAUUCAUAUUAUCACCUAGAACUCAUUAAUAUAUGUAAAUAUCCUUGAUGCAUGCACAUCCAUGUCCAUUGGUGGUCUUCCAGGGUCCUCUGGUGGUCAUCGAUAGUCUUCCUCACCAUGUCCACUGAUUGAACUCGGUCUUCGUGCAUACUCGGUUUGUCUUUUGGCCUAGUUUGCAACUCUUGUUUUCACAAAACUAGCUUAUCCUAGCAUCUCUCCCUAUCUAUUCUACUCAAGGAUACAAUGUCUCAAGGCUUCCUUUUAUCAAACUAAACCUAGCAGAUGUUUAACCCAUGCGCUUACAAAGUAUUUCAAACUUAGCUACAUUAUUCCAGUAGAGAAGGAACCAUAUGUUCUUUUUAACUGGGUAUCAGUAAGGCCUGAGGAGCCUUCCACCCCAGCAUUUUGCGCUGUUCGAGGCUACUGUAUCACCAGCUGCUGUAUCAACCUAAGCUAAGCUCUUAAGUGAAGUUUCUUGUAACUGCUGCAACAAACACCAUAAUUAACAUAUUAAUGUUCAGAGAUUUUUAUGCUCAUACUGAAUGAGAUCUGUACAGCAUCUGCUCUCCAAAAUAUAAGUGAAAAAGAAAACCGCAAAUUAAUUAUCUACUGGAGAAAACUGAUGACUAUCACAGUAUGCAUCACUACUAAAGAAGUGCUAAAGAAACUUUCUUAUUGAACAUGAUUUUUAUAAUAUACAAGUAGCAUAAGGCUUUGCAGACUGCUUCUCAUGUUUGUCCUGAUUCAGGUUCCCUUUCCCCCUCCAUUCUUCCUUCUGCUCACACAUCAGCUUUCAACUGGAACGCUGUAGCACUGGGAUGGCUAACAGCCACCACAGCCUAACCUAAAAGCUAAAAAAGCCCACAAACAGCUAAACAAAAAAGAGCCAGGACUAGUUUAUUUGCAUCAGCAGAACAAAUUGCAAAAAACCCAGACAGAACAGGCAGAGCACUGACACAGCUGCACACCGGAUUGUGAGCAUCACUGCAGCUGUCAUGCAUCUUCCUAAACCGGAGAUUUUUUUAGUCGCCCCGACCCCUUCCACCGGUCUGUGAAAACGCCGGGCUGCCGUAGGCUUUUCCUGACAGCUCCUUCCCCGCCCUCUCCGGGCAGCACCAUUGGACUGAUGAGAUGCAGCAAGGCAUAGGCAAAAAAUAAAGCAAAAAAAAAAAAAAAAUACAAACCCCAAACUACAACAAUCCAGCAAAGGUGUAUUUUCUACGCGGAGCCGUCAGGCCGGCCGUGGGGGAGCAUCCCUACCCCUUUAAGCUGCGGCAGCUGCCGGCUAUUUAUACGCGGGCGGCGGCGGGCGCUUGGUGUCUUGCGCGGGGCGGUCCCGGUAGAGGCGGUGGGGCCCGGGUGCGGGCCGGCAACUGCCAUGGCCACGUUUUUCUCUUCCGCGCCGAUGAGUGGGAACCCCUCUUUCGUCCGCGCCGCCGACGCCACCGCCUCGUCGCUGAGCCCGACGACGCUGAGCCGGCUGCAGGAGAAGGAGGAGCUGCAGCAGCUCAAUGACCGCCUGGCCGUCUACAUCGAUCGGGUGCGGGCGCUGGAGGCCGAGAAAUCGGCGCUGCAGCAGCUGCUGGCCGAGCAGGAGGCGGGCAGCGACCGGGAGCUGGAAACCCUGCGGCUCCGCUACGAGAAGGAGCUGGGCGAUGCCCGCCGGGCGCUGGGCGACAUUGCUACCGAGCGGGCCACGCUGCAGGUGGAGCUGAACAAGAUCGGCGAGGACCACCGGCGGCUGCAAAGCAGGAACUCAAAAAAAGAAGAGGAUUUAAACCUGGCACAGACUCGUGUGAGAGACCUUGAUGCUCGGCUGAAUUCAAAGGAAGCUGACUUAGCAACAGCUUUGAAUGAGAACCGAACUUUGGAGAAUAACCUUCAUGAAUUAAAGGAUCAAGUAGUCACUCUGCAGCUGUCACUGGAAGAUACCAAAGAGCAUCUCCACAGUGAAAUGUUGAGGAGGGCAGAGCUGGAAAAUCAUAUGAAAACUUUGCAGGAACAAGUGGUGUUCCAGAAGCGCCUUCAUGAAGAUGAGCUCAAGGAGACAAAAAAAGUCCACGAGAGCAGGAUAGCCGAAAUAGAAUCUGGGUAUCAGAGAGAAUUUGAAAGUAAGCUCUUGGAUGCUCUGCAGGGGAUCAGAAAAGAACAUGAAGAACAAAUUCAAGGAUACAAAGAGGAGCUGGAGCGAACCUUCAGUGCAAAAGUGGAGAGUGCCCAGAAAUCUGCAGCAAAACAUAGUGACUUAGCCAAUGCUGCUCAGGAGGAGUUGACGGAAACAAGGCAGCGAGUUGAUGUUCUGACCUCUCAAAUUAAUCAACAUCAAAGCCAGAAUGUUGCUUUGGAAAGCAGAAUAUCGGAGCUACAGAGGAUGCUGGAUUAUGAUCGUGAUCUCCAUCAAAGGCGUAUGUCUGAAAAAGAGAAAGAAAUGGCACAAGCCCAGCAGAAGGCACAAGAACAGUUGGAAGAAUAUGAGAAUCUCUUAGAUGUGAAACUGGCUCUAGAUCUGGAAAUAAGUGCCUACAGAAAGAUGCUGGAAGGAGAGGAACAGAGGCUAAAGCUGUUACCCAGUCCAUCUUCACACAGCACUGCAACCCAAGCAACAAGUCAAGGGCGACAGUUCCUGCAUGCGAAGAGGAAAAUGAAAGAAGCCAGAAAGAGAGGGCAUAGUGCUGGAUUUAAGACUGUUCAGCAUGCUUCAUCUUCUGGAAGUAUAUCUAUUGAAGAAAUCGAUGAAGAUGGGAGAUUUGUCAGGCUUAAAAACAACUCUGAUGAGGAUCAAAUACUACAUGGAUGGGCGUUAAGAAGACAUCUUGGAAGUGUGCCAGAUGUAACAUACAAAUUUCCUCCACUGUUCACUCUUCACGCGGGCCAAGUAGUUACAAUCUGGGGUGCAGCUGCUGGUGUAAGCCCAGGUCCCAGUGAUCUCAUCUGGAAGUCUGAGAGGUUUUGGGGAAGCAGGGAUAAUAUUGGUGUUAAACUUAUCACAGAUGCUGGUGAGGAACUCGCAGAGAGGAAGAUAAUGCGUGUACCCAGAGGAGAAGAAAGCAGUGACCAAGAUGAUGAUUAUGAAGAAAAAACUGGAAGUGAAAUGGAGCUUCCAUCUCGGCAACUUUACAAUACAGUUGUGUGCUACUUAUGCAAAAUACAGAUCCUGGCUGUUCUAUCAUGUAAUGUGGGCAAAGAUGAUCAUCUGAAAACAGUUCUCAGUCCCAGGUGACACAGACUACGUGUGUUUUGGUAUCUUCUGCAAGAUCUGAAACUUGGAAUUCACAUCUCCCAUCUGACCUCUUUGUAAGAAACAUUGUCCAUAACAUGAUGAAAUUUCCUACCUUCUGAUACUGGACCCUGUUCUUGGAUUCACUGUUAUAAAGAUGAGUAGAAUAUAAGCUCCCUGUGAAGUUAUUUUUACUUUAACACAAGGAUCUGGUGUCCACAACCUGCUGAAACAGAGGAUAGUACGCAGUUUACAAAACUUCUAAACCUAUACCCUAGAAGGAUGCUAAAACUUGACAGUUCUGAUGUGGUGUUUCUCCAAAGGUAAUUUUUGUUUCAAGCCUGAGUGGGGAAACUACAUGGGCCAGAUCACACCCCAGCUUGCACCUUGAGCAAGUCUGAACUCACUAUCCUGAAGAACACUGAGCAUCUGAAGGGUUUCCUGCUCAGAUCUUGAUGCUGAAAUAUAUGAAACUGGUCUAGAUCACUUGCUAGAGAACUUCCUUGUAAAAAUACUCAUGUCUUAUUAAAUGUACUGUUUCUGUAUUCUAGCAUCUGGAAAUCUACCAGUUCCAGUAUUGUAUAUUCCUAGAUAAGUCUGACACAGCUCUACUGUGAUAUACUGUAACUUGGACAGAUGUACCCUGUAAAUGUGAACAAGCAUCUCAUUCCAACAGAGAAGGUACUGUAACUAGCAAUAUGAGUACUCUGUUUGAAUGGUCCCAACAAGUCAGCUUUCUAAGGGGCUACAAAAAAAAAAAAAACCCGCUGAAACAAAAACCAAAACUAGAAAGCACCAACUGCAGUAAAAGGUGCAUCAAAAACAUCUGCUCUCUGAAUCCUUAUGUACAAAUCUCCAUGCAGUCUGCAGUACUGCUUUGUGUAUGUCUAAUGGGGCAGUUGGGGAGUACCGUCUAUUGGCCAGUACGUAAUUUACUGUAACUUUAAUAGCUCUGUAGUCCAUGUAAAGCCUGACCUGUAACCCCCAGAAACCAGGUGCUCAGCCCCUGGGGCCACUGCAUUCAAUUAUUCUUAGGCUCUCUUUACUGGAAUGCUUACCUGCCCCGGCUCUACAGUAAAGAAAGGGCCUUGCUGAGCCACUUCUCUCUAAGAGCAGGAGGGGAGUAGCUGAAGGGAGAGGAGCAGCUGAGAUUGCAGAUUUCUCCAAAUGCUGGAGUUUUUUGACUGCCUCUUGCCUUGCCUGUUCUUUGUUAAGAUGCAGUUGUUAAGGUGAGGCUUUCCCUAUACUAGUUUAAACUCUCUUAAAUGAUUUAAAAAGUCUAGUUUUGAGACAUCAAGACUAGAUGCUGGUUUAAUACUUGUAUUUAGCAGCUCUGAAUUCUUGUUGUACCUUAUGGCCCACAUACAUAGAAAUAGAUGCUGCUAUAUUUAUCUUGAUUUACCUUGCUAUAUUUAUCUUGAUUUCUUGAACUUUUUUAACUAAUAAAGAUAUUUUCCAUGUGCAUAUAAAAGCAAUCUUGGAGUUUAAU